AUGGCUGGAGGAGGAGUCGCUGCCGCAGAUGCUAUCGAUCUCGACAGAGUCGAAGCUCCUGUCACGUUCAAGGCAUACCUUAUGUGUGCUUUUGCAUCCUUUGGAGGAAUCUACUUUGGUUAUGAUACAGGUUAUAUUUCUGGUGUUAUGGGAAUGGACUACGUUAUCCAUAUGCUUACCGGGAAGGAUAAGGCUACCACACCAUCUGCUGAAUUCGUUUUGCCAGCGUGGAAAAAGUCUUUGAUUACAUCGGUCUUGUCUGCUGGUACCUUUUUCGGUGCUUUGCUUGCUGGUGACUUUGCUGACUGGAUUGGUCGUCGUAGCACGGUGAUCUUCGGGUGUGUGGUAUUUUUGGUUGGUGGAGUUCUGCAAACUGCAGCCUCUUCCUUGGGACUUUUGGUUGCGGGUCGUUUGGUCUGUGGUUUCGGUAUUGGUUACGUUUCUGCUACCAUUAUCAUGUACAUGUCUGAGAUCGCUCCAAAGAAGAUCCGUGGUGCUUUGGUCUCUGGUUACCAAUUCUGUGUGACCAUUGGUUUGCUUUUGGCUUCUUGUGUUGACUACGGUACUCAAGACCGUACUGAUUCUGGUUCUUAUAGAAUCCCAAUCGCUCUGCAAAUGCUGUGGGCCAUUAUUCUGGGUAUUGGUUUGUUUUUCCUUCCAGAAUCACCACGUUACUACGUCAGAAAGGGAAACAAUGGCAAGGCUGCGCAUGUUCUCUCCAGGCUCAGAGGAGAAUCAGAGGACUCCGCAUAUAUCCAGGAUGAAUUGGCCGAGAUUAUUGCCAACCACGAAUACGAAAGAUCCUUGGUGCCUUCUGAAACUUACUUCUCAUCUUGGGCUGCCUGUUUCAAGGGUGGUUUGAGAAAACCAUCUUCAAACCUUAGAAGAGUUAUUCUCGGAACAUCUAUGCAGAUGAUGCAGCAAUGGACUGGUAUCAACUUUGUGUUUUACUUCGGAACAACUUUCUUUCAACAAUUGGGAACCAUUGACAACCCUUUCUUGAUCUCUCUGAUCACCACUUUGGUCAACGUUUGUUCCACUCCUCUUUCCUUCGUUGCAAUGGAAAAAGUUGGUCGUCGUCCUUUGAUGAUCUGGGGUGCUCUCGGUAUGCUGGUCUGCGAGUUUAUCGUUGCUAUCGUUGGUGUUUCUGAUGGCCAAAACGAUAAGGCUGUUUCUGCGAUGAUUUCCUUCAUUUGUAUCUACAUCUUCUUCUUUGCUACUACUUGGGGACCUGGUGCCUGGGUCGUUAUUGGUGAGAUCUUCCCCUUGCCAAUUAGAUCUAGAGGUGUUGCUCUUUCGACUGCCUCCAACUGGCUGUGGAACUGUAUCAUCGCUGUCAUCACUCCUUACAUGUGUGACACUGACAAAGGUAACCUCGGGGCCAAAGUGUUUUUCAUCUGGGGAUCUCUGUGCACUUGCUGCUUCGUUUACGCUUACUUGCUUAUUCCAGAAACCAAGGGUUUGACUUUGGAACAGGUUGACAGAAUGAUGGAGGAGUCUAUUCCCCGUAAUUCUUCUAAGUGGGUUCCUCACUCUACUUUUGUCAAAGACCUUGGCCUUGGUGGAGACGAGAAGGAGGGUUCGUUGUCCCAUGAAGAGUUGAGAGUUGCUUCUGCUGCUGGCAGUGUUUGA